UUCUCCUCCUCCUUCGUCUCUUUCUGGUUGUUUUCGCCGAGAUAUUUUUUCAUAAAGCCCCUCGAAAAAUCCCAAAAUCCGAAAUCCUCCCUCAUUUCUUCAUCACUAUAAAUACAGAACCACUCGCUUCUUAUCGAUACUUCAUGAGAUGUGAGACGGCGUUAUCAUGCUCUACGCCGCCGUCCUCCGGGGCCGACUCCGUCCCCUUCGCUGGCUGAUCAUGCCCUUCCCCUCCUCCCCUUCCUUCCUGCCGCACCAUAGCCCUAGAAAUUCUACUGGAAUCCCGAUGAAGGACGGUGGCGGCGGUGGUGGCGUGUAUGUGCCCCCAAUUCCCCGCCUCCGCUCCGUCAUUGCGUCGGCGAAUGGGAAUGUCGGCACUGCCUCGAGGUCUUGUGAUUGUGAUUGGCGGGAUGGACGGGGAGUCUCUGUGGAGCCGCCGAUGGCGCCGUCGGGGAGUGGGUAUUUUAGGCAGCAGAGGUCGCCCUAUUCAAGAUACGCGUUUGAGGACUGGUCCGAGGAUGAUUCUGAUCGGGAUAUUGAUCCUCCUUCGGCUUCCGGCAAAGGUGCAUCAACACUUGAUAAUGUUGAUGAGUGGAAGUGGAAAUUAAGUAUGCUCCUUCGUAAUCAGCAUGAACAGGAGGUGGUAUCAAGGGAGAAGAAGGACAGACGUGAUUAUGAGCAACUUGCAGCAUUAGCUGAGAGAAUGGGCUUACACAGCCGCCAAUAUGCAAAAGUAGUCGUCUUUAGUAAGGUGCCACUGCCAAACUACAGAUCUGAUCUGGAUGAUAAGAGACCUCAGAGGGAGGUCUCUAUUCCUAUUGGUUUGCAAAGAGAAGUGGAUGCUUUGCUUGGAGAUUACCUUUCACGAAAACGUGCGAAUCGUGAAAGCUUUCCAACCGCACCAUUUUCAAGAUCUAGCAGCACUGACAGUUUUGCAACUGAUGAGGGUCUGUUUGAGCAACAAGAACCUCAAUCUUCCACAAGACCUGUUAUGGAGAAAAUCCUCAGGCGGAGAAGCUUACAUCUGCGAAACCAACAGCAGAAUUGGCAGGAAUCUCCAGAGGGUCAAAAGAUGCAGCAAUUUCGUAGAAGCCUUCCUGCAAAUAAGGAACGAGAAGCAUUAUUAGCUGCCAUUUCUCGACAUCAGGUGGUUGUCAUCUCAGGUGAAACUGGUUGUGGCAAGACAACGCAACUCCCUCAGUACAUUCUAGAAUCUGAGAUUGAUGCUGCACGUGGAGCAUCUUGUAGUAUUAUCUGCACUCAACCAAGACGUAUUUCUGCAAUGUCUGUAUCUGAGAGAGUUGCAGCUGAAAGAGGGGAAAAGUUGGGAGAAUCUGUCGGUUAUAAGGUUCGCUUGGAAGGAAUAAAAGGGAGAGACACCCGCCUCCUUUUCUGCACCACAGGAGUUUUAUUAAGGAGACUAUUGGUUGAUAGGAAUUUAAAAGGUGUAUCCCAUGUUAUUGUAGAUGAAAUUCAUGAACGUGGCAUGAAUGAAGAUUUCCUUCUAAUUGUCUUGAAAGACCUUCUUCCACAUCGACCUGACUUGAGAUUGAUCUUAAUGAGUGCAACUCUCAAUGCUGAGCUUUUCUCAUCCUACUUUGGUGGAGCUCCAAUGUUACACAUUCCUGGCUUCACAUAUCCUGUUCGGAGUCACUUUCUAGAGAAUAUUUUGGAAAUUACCGGGCAUAGACUUACACCAUAUAACCAAAUUGAUGACUAUGGUCAAGAGAAAAUGUGGAAGAUGCAAAAGCAAGCAGCAUUUAGGAAGCGAAAGAGCCAAAUUGCUUCUGUUGUUGAAGAUGCAUUAGAAGCUGCUGAUUUUAGGGAAUAUGGCUCAAGGACUCGUGAGUCAUUAUUGUGCUGGAAUCCUGAUUCGAUUGGUUUUAACCUCAUUGAAAGUGUACUAUGCCAUAUAUGCCGAAAAGAACGGUCUGGUGCAGUUUUAGUGUUUAUGACUGGUUGGGAUGAUAUAAAUUCUCUUAAAGAUCAGCUGCAGGCCAACCCUCUUCUAGGAGAUCCUUCAAAGGUUUUAUUGCUUGCAUGCCAUGGCUCCAUGGCUAGUUCAGAGCAGAGGUUGAUUUUUGACAAACCACCAGAUGGUGUGCGGAAAAUAGUUCUCGCAACAAAUAUGGCUGAGACAAGUAUAACGAUAAAUGAUGUUGUUUUUGUGGUAGAUUGUGGAAAAGCAAAAGAGACAUCAUAUGAUGCAUUGAAUAACACUCCAUGCUUGCUUCCAACAUGGAUUUCCAAGGCUUCUGCUCGACAAAGAAGGGGAAGAGCUGGUCGUGUUCAGCCCGGGGAAUGCUAUCAUCUUUAUCCAAGAUGUGUGUAUGACGUCUUUGCUGAUUACCAAUUACCAGAACUAUUGAGGACACCUUUACAGUCUCUUUGCUUGCAAAUUAAAAGUUUACGACUUGGAACCAUCUCUGAGUUCUUAUCAAGGGCUCUACAAUCACCAGAACAUUUGUCGGUACAAAAUGCCAUUGAAUAUCUGAAGGUGAUUGGGGCAUUAGAUGAAAGGGAAGAGCUAACGAUAUUAGGCCGUCAUUUAUCCAUGCUUCCUGUGGAACCGAAACUUGGAAAGAUGCUUAUCUACGGGGCAAUAUUCAGCUGUCUUGAUCCUAUACUAACUGUCGUUGCUGGCCUUAGUGUCAGAGAUCCAUUUCUUAUGCCAUUUGACAAGAAAGACCUUGCGGAUGCUGCAAGAUCUCAAUUCUCUUGCCAUGAUUAUAGUGAUCAUCUUGCACUGGUCCGAGCUUACAAUGGCUGGAAAGAUGCUGAAAGAGAUCAUUCUGGAUAUGAGUACUGUUGGAAGAAUUUUCUUUCUGCCCAGACACUGAAGGCUAUUGAUUCUCUUCGAAAGCAAUUCUUUUUUCUUCUCAAGGAUACUGGUUUGGUUGAUGAGGAAAAUCAUAUGUGCAAUAAGUGGAGUCGUGAUGAAAACCUGGUCCGUGCAGUUAUUUGUGCUGGCCUGUAUCCUGGAAUUUCCUCUGUUGUGAAUAAGGAGAAGUCAAUCGCUUUGAAGACAAUGGAGGAUGGUCAAGUCAUGCUUUAUUCUAAUUCUGUCAAUGGGCGUGAGGCUAAAAUUCCAUAUCCAUGGUUAGUUUUCAAUGAGAAAGUCAAGGUGAAUUCAGUAUUUCUUCGAGACUCAACAGGGGUGUCUGAUUCUGUCUUGCUGCUCUUUGGAGGGAAUAUUUCACAAGGGGGGCUUGAUGGGCAUUUGAAAAUGUUAGGUGGUUACUUGGAGUUCUUCAUGAAGCCUGAUCUUGCAUCAACAUACCUAAGUCUUAAGAGGGAGUUAGAUGAGCUAAUUCAAAGCAAAAUUCUAAAUCCCAGAAUGGACAUCCAAGCCAGGGAUGAACUCCUCUCAGCCAUCCGUUUGCUCGUCUCAGAGGAUCCCUGUGGUGGCCGAUUUGUCUUUGGCCGGACAGAGCCUAAACCAAAGAAGUCUGGAUCAAUGCUGCCAAUGAAUUCCAGUGGCGGUGGCGGCGGCGGCGGCGGCGGCGGUGGUGGUGAUAACCCCAAGAGCCAACUUCAGACAUUGCUCACAAGAGCUGGGCACGACAAUCCGGUUUACAAGACAAAGCAGCUGAAGAACAGCCAGUUCAGAUCCACAGUUGAGUUCAACCACAUGCAAUUUGUUGGAAGUCCAUGCAACAAUAAGAAACUUGCAGAGAAAAACGCCGCAUCUGAGGCAUUAGAGUGGCUUCUGGGCGGUGCUUCACCAGGCUCUGGAGACAUUGACCACAUGUCAAUGCUACUCAAAAAGAGCAAAAAGAAACAUCACAGAACUUAACACCAGAAUACGAAGACCAUGAGUUACCCCCACUUAGCACUUAGCUCCAUGCUUACGAUGAUUCAGCAUUUGGCUUCCCAGCCUUGUGAGCUUCUGUUACACGGAGAUAGGAUUGUCCGUCCACUCAUUCUAUAUUGCUACUGGAGUCUCAGCACAGUGGAAUUCGGUAGGAAGACGAAGACCCGGGUCAACAAUGCAGUAGAACCCUUGAUUCAAUCAAAGAAAAUAUUAUCUGUAAAGCUUCUGAUCAGUCCCAUGAUUGUUUACAAAUUGAGUACCUAUACAUGUAUUUUGAAUGUAAAGAUUGGGAGUCAGGCUCAUCUUCCUUCUCGGAAUUGACAGGCUGAUGAAACCGAUUACUGUUUACUAACAAACAGAUAACAUCUAUAUUACAAAAAUCCAUUUUGCUGUUGUUA